GAUGGUGAAAAAGCAAGCAUGAAGUUUGCAGGUUUGUUUUGUUUUCUUCUGCUUAUCAUUUUUCAAAUCAACUUUGCACAAAAUGAAGAAACUCCUAGGAAGCAGAGGAGGAAGAUGUAUUAUAGAAGAUUGAGGAAAAGUUCCUCACCCACCCACAGAUCCAGUAGACAUCUUGGAAUUCAGCAAACAAGGGUGGUUCCACCAGCAGCAAUACUCCCCUUGGUUAACUUGGAUUACAGCACAGAGGAAAAGUUUGAAUCCUUUUUAAGUUUUCUUGGAGCAGAAUCAAGCUAUAAUGUGUUACCAGGAAAGAAGGGACACUGUUUGGUAAAUGGGAUGACCAUGUACAACCAAGCUGUAUGGUCUCCUGAGCCCUGCACCACCUGCCUCUGCGCGAAUGGGAGAGUGCUUUGUGAUGAAACCACAUGCCACCCUCAGACUUGCCCCCAAACCGUGACACCUGAAGGAGAAUGCUGCCCAGUCUGCUCUCAUGCCGUAGCCUCCUAUUCGCUGCUCAGUGGCAUAGCAUUAAAUGAUAGAACUGAAUUUUCUGGUGAUUCUUCAGAACAAAGAGAACCUACCAAUUUACUUCAUGAGCAACUGCCACCUCUUCGGGUGGAAAUGGGCCAAGCAUUGAGAAAAGAGGAACUUCAAUUUGAGGAGGAUGCAGAAGAAACUAAAGACGAUGAAGAUAGGGAGCAAAAGAAAAUGAGCCCUGGACCUGGAGAUCGGGGGAGACUUCCCAACGAGGGGCACAGCAGAGAUGGGGGAGCACCGAGACCUGGAGAGGAGGGGAGAUGGGCCCAUCCACAUGGACACCCAGCGAGGGAGGAGGAAGAGGAGAACGAGGAUGAGGAGGAGCAGGAGCAGGAGGAGGAGGAGGACGAUGACACUGUCAGGGGAGACAUGUUCAGGACGCCCUCUCGACGCCCAGUCCCUGCUCCUCCCAGGGGCAGGCCACCUCUGCCAAGCAGGUGCUCUCUGUCCUACAGGACCAUCAGCUGCAUCAGCGCCACCCUCACACAGAUACCGCCGCUGACAGCGCCAGAGAUAACAAGCCUGGAGCUCAUUGGAAAUUCUAUCACCUCCAUUCCGGAUGAAGCAUUCAAUGGAUUACCGAAUUUGGAAAGGCUUGAUCUGAGCAAAAAUAAUAUCACCUCUUCAGGCAUAGGCCCAAAAGCAUUCAAGCUUCUGAACAAGUUAAUGCGCCUGAAUAUGGAUGGAAACAAUCUGGUCGAGAUUCCUUCAGAACUACCAUCCACAUUAGAAGAACUUAAAAUCAACGAGAACAAUCUUCAGGCCAUCGAUGAAGAGAGUUUAUCAGACUUAUAUCAAUUGGUCACCUUAGAACUGGAAGGAAACAAUCUCAGUGAAACCAAUGUCAAUCCUUUAGCUUUCAAACCUUUGAAGAGCCUAUCUUACCUGCGUCUGGGAAGAAAUAAAUUUAGAAUUAUACCACAGGGUCUUCCUGCUUCUAUUGAGGAAUUAUACCUAGAAAAUAACCAAAUUGAAGAAAUAACUGAAAUUUGUUUUAAUCAUACCAGAAAGAUCAAUGUCAUUGUACUACGUUAUAAUAAAAUUGAAGAAAACAGGAUUGCUCCCUUAGCCUGGAUAAAUCAAGAAAACCUAGAAUCAAUCGACCUCUCCUACAACAUGCUCUACCACGUGCCCUCCUAUCUCCCCAAGUCCCUGCUGCACCUUGUGCUCAUCGGGAACCAGAUCGAGCGCAUCCCUGGCUACGUGUUUGGCCACAUGGUGCCAGGCCUGGAAUACCUGUACCUGUCAUUUAACAAACUCACGGAUGACGGUGUGGACCGAGUCUCCUUCUAUGGAGCAUACCAUUCUCUGCGAGAACUGUUUCUGGAUCACAAUGACUUAAAAUCUAUACCACCUGGGGUACAAGAAAUGAAAGCACUACAUUUUCUGAGGCUGAACAACAACAAGAUACGGACUGUUCUUCCAGAACAAAUUUGCAAUGCUGAAGAAGAUGAUGAUUCAACCCUGGAGCAUCUUCAUCUUGAAAACAAUUAUAUUAAAACAAGAGAAAUAUCAUCCUAUGCGUUUUCAUGCAUAAGAUCAUAUUCAAGUAUCAUUCUUAAACCACAAAACAUUAAGUAAUUCCAAGUUUUCCUUUGUCAUUUAUAAACUGUACUCAUAUAUUUGUUGUAGUAGCAAUUUGUCGUCA